UUCCCAUUGCACUAAGAGCUGCACCCCGCAUUCCCACCGCGGGCGGCUUUGCUCCACUUCCACUUCCAUCGACAGACUGACUGAUAGUCUGAUAGUCUGACUGGACUGACACUGACACUGACACUGACACUGACACUGACACCUAGAACAAAGUACUUUUUUCCCAACUCAACGUACCACUCAAAUCUCUGGUUACUGCCACUCACUCCCCGGUUUUCUGAUGACACCACCAAUCCAGUUUCCAAAUUUACCCUGAAACCAGAGAUCUGCUUCCACCCGCUCGCUCCUCUUUCCACUCUUUCCAACCCACACCCCCCUCCCUCCAUCUUCCGAUUGAUCAUCCUUUCCCUAAAAAAAUGGAUGACUUCAUUGUCGAAGUUGCGUGGUUUUCCAUCACCAAAGCCCAAUCAAUCGACACUGGCUUUCCGUGGUACAGUCCACCCUGGUUUCCGGGCAACACGUGAGCUUAAACUGGGGGGAGGGGGGUAUUACCACCACGACAAUGACCACGCCCACGUCCACAAGGGACAUUCAGGCAAUAAUGGAAAAAAAGAUGAGAGACAGAAGGAAAGUCAGGGAUGCAUAGUUGGUCGGGGACUGGGCCCCUCGAUCAAUCAUGCCUUGGAGUGGUGGAGUGGUGGUGUGAUGUGUGCGCUGAUACCUCCCCUGGCCUGCGCUGCUCCGGUACCUUCUGCGACAAGCUCCGCCCGGGUCUGGAGAUUCUCCAGAAUGUCAAUCCGAGGUCGAUCGUAUGGUGAAGGAGGUCGGCCAUUGGUCUGCAGACUGUCUCAACGUGCAGCACCGGGCGGGGUUGGUCGCGAGCUGCGAAUCACGACCAGCGACGCCUGCGGUUUUACCCCCGACGCUGUCGCCAUCCUACUUUCCAUUGAGGGGGAGAGGGGAUUCUGGACUCAUGGCUGGGUGCCUGUCCCGCAUCUCCGUGUAGGUGUACAACGCGUACGAACGGAUGAGUAAAUUGGUAGACUAGGAAAUGGGGUCGCAGAGUCGUUGUCAGUGGAGAUGACUGGAUAUUUUGUAGCUUGUACUGUACUUUGUACAAGAACUGGUCCUCGCUACCGACAAAGGACCGCACCAGUAACAGCCAGCAACGAUAAACAGUAUACAGAGAUGAGCAUGGUACAUGGUAUGAGAGCAGGGUCUCUGAGACAUCAACA